CUGUAACAAUCCAAUGUAAACUCAUAGUUGAUAGUACCAAAAAACCAGUCAAAGCUUUGUCCGAUAAGGAAGAAAAAAAAGGUGUGACGCUUAUCCAUGGCAAUCUGCAGAUUGAGAGCUUCACUGUCUCUAUUGAAAACCAAAUCUCCAUUCUUUCACUAUGUUCCACUUCAUGGAUUCUCUUCUUCACAACUCUCAUCCCAGUUUGAGGGUGUUUUGAGUGAAAAAAGAGGCAUAAUCAAGUACUGUUAUGCAAAUAUGGAACUGGGUAGUGUAGGAUUCAUAGGGCUGGGAAAUAUGGGAUCCAGAAUGGCAAAUAACCUGAUCAAGAAUGGAUACAAAGUGGCUGUUCAUGACAUAAACUGUAAUGUCAUGAAGAUGUUUUCUGACAUGGGAGUUCCAACGAAAGAAACACCAUUUGAAGUUGCAGAAGCAAGUGAUGUUGUUAUAACAAUGCUGCCAUCUUCAUCUCAUGUAUUGGAUGUGUACACUGGACCAAAUGGUUUGCUUCGUUGUGCAAAUCUCAUGAGACCACAAUUGUUAAUAGAUUCAUCUACAAUUGAUCCCCAGACAUCGAGAAAGGUUUCUGUAGCAGUAUCUAAUUGUAUUCUAAACGAAAAGAAAGAUCACUGGGAGAAACCUGUCAUGUUGGAUGCUCCUGUUUCUGGAGGUGUUCUUGCUGCAGAAGCUGGUACACUUACUUUUAUGGUUGGUGGCUCUGAGGAUGCUUAUCUUGCUGCCAAACCCUUAUUUCUUUCAAUGGGUAAAAAUGCAAUUUAUUGUGGUGGAGCAGGAACAGGUUCGGCAGCAAAGAUUUGCAACAACUUGGCAUUGGCUGUGAGCAUGCUAGGGGUAUCAGAAGCCUUUGUUCUUGGUCAGUCACUUGGAAUUUCUGCUGGUACCCUGACAAAGGUUUUAAACACUUCAAGUGCUCGGUGUUGGAGUAGUGAUAGUUAUAAUCCAGUUCCUGGAGUGAUGGAAGGCGUGCCAGCUUCGAGGAACUACGCUGGUGGAUUUGCAUCUAAGCUCAUGGCUAAGGACUUGAACCUUGCUGCAACAUCAGCCAAGGAGGUUGGUCUUCAAUGUCCUCUGACAUACCAAGCACAAGAGAUAUACACAGAGCUCUGCAAGGAUGGACAUGAAAACAAGGACUUCUCCUGUGCUUUCCGCCAUUAUUACAGCGGCCAGGAUGAACUUUAGCUGACCAAAGAGUGGUUUCUAGUAGCAGAUAACAAGGGCGCUAGUGUUCAUAAACUCUGAAGGUGGAACCAUUAUUAGAGCUAGUGAACUGAUUGCCUCGUUCUGUAUGAAAUAAAUUGUCACUAACAAAAACCGUCACCCUUUGUGAAGCUUGGUGACCAUAUCCAUCAUGAAUCACAAACUUUUACAAUACAGAAUGCUUCAUAUAGAAAA